GGGAAAAAGAAUAACCGAGAAGCAUCCAACGAUAAGACCAGUCGCAGGAUUAGGGUUUUAAGGACUCACUUGCACUCCCCUCCUCCACCUUCUCGAAUGGCUUCUUCCGAGAAGGAUGCUGCGCUUGCCACAACCCCAUCCGACGCGCCCACCAUCUUCGAUAAAAUUAUACACAAGGAAAUUCCUUCCAAGGUGGUUUAUGAGGACGAAAAGGCAAGGGUGUCAGGUCAGUCCAAAUUCAAUGCAACUCUUGGUCGUGCAUCUUCCCCAGCUUCAGAGAAAUUGCCAUCGCUUUGGCCAAGGCAAGAUGUAACUUUUAUUAAUAAUGACAAUUUUCGAACUUCCAAUCAAAUCAGGGUUGAUUCACAUCCUCCACCGUUGGCUACUAUGGUUGUUCAUCAAGAUACUAGCUCUUCCAGAAAUAUGGAAACUCUUCCUCGAUUGAAGUCAAUGACAUGGAUCAUGCAGAACCGUAACUCGGCACCUGCAAACCGAGUAGCUGUCAUCACUUUAAAGCUGCAAGAUUAUACAAAUUCUACUUCUGGAGAAUUAGAAGUUAAAUUUCAGCUUUCUAAAGACACAUUGGAAGCCAUGUUGAGGACAAUGACCUACAUCAGUGAACAGCUAUCAAGCUCUGUGGAGCAGUCAUCAGAACCUUCUGCGAAAAAGCCGAAACAAUAGUGUGGACUCUCAAAUUUGUUGAUCUUUUACUGGAGUUCUUGAUGGGCAGCACUUGGAAUAUCCAUAUGCACCAGAUGCCAGCAUCAGUUGGCAUUUCUGCAAAUUAUAUCACACAAUUGGCGUGAACAGUUAAGUCAGCUACUGCUGAAGAUAUUGGUCACAAUGGUGUUUGAGUUGGUAGUUUGAACCUAAUUAUAUGAAACCAGUAUAUGUUUUUUUUUUUUGAA